AUGCGGCUCAGUGAGGUACUUCGAGCCCUUGGUAAGGCACCAAAUCCGGCUGGCAAUCUGGCAAAUAAACUCGGCCGAGAAAAUCAGAACAAAGCUGAUGACAAAAAGCCAAGUAAUAAUCACAGAAACUCUAUGCUGGACGACACUAUGUACGAUAUUUACGAAUUACGCAAUAGUGCACGGUCGAAAAAAGCUGCUGCUGUAGCCUUAGCACAAACACAGACCUUGUAA